UUCAGAAACGAAAAAUUUUAUACCUGCUGCGAUGAACCCUAUUUGGAUAUAACAUUUAAUAUAACAAUGCGCCGCAAAACCCUUUUCUAUACGGUUAAUCUUAUUAUACCCUGUAUGGGCAUUAGUUUUUUAACAAUUUUGGUAUUUUAUUUACCAUCUGAUAGUGGUGAAAAAGUCUCAUUAAGCAUAUCCAUUUUACUGUCGUUGACUGUGUUCUUCUUGCUGCUUGCGGAAAUUAUUCCGCCAACAUCGUUAGUUGUGCCGCUUUUAGGGAAAUUUGUACUUUUUACAAUGAUACUCGACACAUUCAGUAUAUGUGUUACGGUGGUAGUACUUAAUAUACAUUUUCGUUCGCCGCAAACUCACACUAUGGCACCUUGGGUGCGUACAGUGUUUAUCAAUCAACUGCCACGGUUUCUGGUAAUGCGACGACCGCUUUAUCCCAUUGGUGAAAUGAUUAAAACAUCUCGACAACUUAUGUUGCGAACCUGUAAUGGACUCGAACUUAGGGAUCAAAUACCACCGCUGCCACCACCCGUAGCCUUAUCACGUAUUCGUAGACUACACCACAGUCCACACAAAACUUCACGAAGCACCUCGCCUCACCUACAACAUCGUGUCCAGAGUCUCAAUAUGCUGGAUGAGGUUAGUGGAGCGUACGGCGGUAGUUGUGUCGUUGGUGGUGCGUCCACAAUAACGGGUCACUGUUCGAUUAUGUACCCCUCAACUAUGAAUCAAGAGACUUCAACAACCAGUUCACUGGUCGACACUUUACAUCACAGUCAAUACCAGCAAACGGGUGGCUCUUUACUAGAUCAUCCUUUAACGCCUACGAAAUUUCGCCAGAAAGCCUCAACUGCAGUGCAAACGAAUGGCAUUGGUAUGGAAUCCUCUACUUCACAAUACAGUGGCUAUGGUACGAUACAUCAUCAACAUCACCAAGUACCAUUGCAUCAGCAGCAGUCGCAGCAAUCACAACAACAUGUACAUCAUAUGAGUCAUGGUGCAAACGCUGCCAAAUCAUCUUCCACCACCACGCUGCAUCAACAACACUCGCAUCCCUAUCAUUUGUAUCGCCAACAAUCCACAUGUUCGGCGAACUUUUCGCCUGUGCCUGCACCUCUGCAUCCGCAUCAACAGCAUCAGUCGACCACUACUUGCGACCUGAUAGGCAAUACCAAUUCGAAUGUGAUAAAAUCAACUACCACCGUUAAUUCGGUUGCCACUGCCUCUACACUGGCGGGGUCCUGCUGUAGUGUAAAUGGUGCGGUACAGAUCCAUCAGGGUUUGGGUGCUGGAGCGGCUUGUGAUUCGGCCGCUAAUCGUACUCAGCAGACGGGUGUGCAAACUACUAAUACAACAACUUCAACUGCCAGAAGUGUGGGUGUCGGUUGCGGCGAAGUCUUACCCGAGUGUCAGCGUGAAGGUGGCCCUCACUGUUGUUCGUCAAGUAAAAAUCGAGUGAGACACCGUUGGCAUAAGUGUCCCGAGCUGCACAAGGCCAUGGAUGGUGUGACCUAUAUAGCAGAUCAGACGCGAAAGGAAGAGGAGAGUACUAGGGUUAAAGAAGAUUGGAAAUAUGUGGCCAUGGUAUUGGAUCGUCUUUUCUUAUGGAUUUUCACAAUUGCUGUAGUUUUUGGAACAGCCGGUAUCAUCUUACAGGCACCAACAUUGUACGAUACACGCGUACCAAUCGAUAUUAAAUUAUCAGAAAUUGCAUCAACAACAGCAAAACCGAACAUUGCCAAACCUGUGUUGUAAAUAUUUAAUAAUUAUAUAAUAAUGAUAAAAAUAUAAAACAAUAUAAAAUAAAUAAAUAAAUUUAAUAAAAAGAAAAAAAAUUUAUUAAUUCAAGACAAAACAAAGUGAAACCUUUCGUUACUACUCAUAACAAGGGAUACAAAUUAAAAAAUUAUUUAACUCAACAAAAUGAAUAAAUCUAUAAAAAUAAUAAAAACAGAAAAUUGUUUAAAUAAACUAAGUUAAAAUAGUGUUUAAAACAGAUAACAAAAAGAAGUUUAACCAAUUGGAAAAUAGUUAUAUAAGAAAAUAUAAAACAGAAAAAGUAAAUUCUAUGGAAAAGUAUAUUUAAGAGUACUUUUUACUUUAAGUACUUAUGAUAAACAAAUGUUAAUAUAAGCAACUAAAUUCUAUACAUAACAAGUAAGGAAAUGUUUUAUUAGAUGGAGCACAAACAAAAAAUAAUUUAAGAAUUAAAUUAAUAAAAUAUGUGGCACAGUGGUUUAGAAGAGGAAAAAUGGAUAGCGUUAUUUGUUUUAAACACAAAAAAGAAUUUAAAAUACAUUGUUUACGAAAAUUUAUGAAGUUUAAUUCCAGUUCAGUUCCAGUU